AUGGUUUACGCCCUGAAUACUGAUGAAGUAUACUUUUUCUCUAACCAAAGUGAAAGGAAUCCUCUGGGUGAUAUGCAUCUACUACUGAGCCAUAAGAACGAAAAUUGGUUGAAUUCUACGGGGAAUUUGUCAUCUAUCAACCUACCAAACAAAGCGCAUGCGGAAAGAAACAAUUCACAUUUAAAUCCAUAUUUUAAUUAUCCUAAUGUAUCUCAGAAUGGAUAUAAUGGAUAUGUAAACAAAAUAUACACAAACAAUUCGAGCAUAAAGAAUUACACAGUAAGUGAUUUACACCAGUCACUGCAAGCAUCUAAGGUAUUUUCUCAAAAUGACUUUACACUUCAACAAUUAAGACCUGAACAACAAACCAAAAGUUAUGUAAAAACGAAACAUUUCGAUACUUCAUUGUCAAGUUCAUCCGACAAAUCAUGGGAUAAUAUAUUAAAGUUAUCUGAAAAUGAAUAUCAAAAACACAACAAUAAUUCAUGCAACGAAACAUUAGCAUUCUCACAUGUGUCAUUAUCAAUGGAUUCUAACAAUCCUUCUGUUGUUUCAACUACACCAACGUCUCUGAUGGAUUUUGCUACAGAUUCUUCAAAUGCCAGUGAAUCUUUUAAAAGAACAGAAAAUAUAGUUAAAAGCCAGUUGAAAGCAGCUCAUGAAUUGGAAACAAGUCCAGCACACGAAGGAUACACUUGUGAUCGUUGUGGGAAAAUGUUUGCCUAUCAAUAUUAUCGUGAUAAACACUUGAAGUAUACAAGAUGUAUGGAUCAAGGAGAUAGAAAAUAUCCAUGCAAACUUUGUUCACGGUCUUUCGAGAAACGCGAUCGAUUACGCAUACAUGUAUUGCAUGUUCACGAGAAGCAUCGACCACAUAAAUGCCAUUUGUGCGGAAAAAAUUUUAGUCAAUCAUCAAGUCUAAAUAAACACUUACGUGUACACAGUGGUGAACGGCCUUAUAAAUGUUGUUAUUGUAACAAAGCAUUUACUGCCAGCAGUAUUCUUCGGACACAUAUUAGACAGCAUUCAGGAGAAAAGCCGUUCAAAUGUAAAUUCUGUUGGAAACCAUUUGCUUCGCAUGCAGCACACGAUAGUCAUGUACGCAGAACUCAUGCUGUAGAAACCAAAAUAUCAAGUGUGAAUCAAGCAUCCCAAGUGGAUAAAUUUUAUGAAUCAAGAAUCACAAGUAAUUCAAUAAUAUCGAAUAUUGAAUUCGGGCAUACGAUGGAAUGA